CAUUGGCAGCAGCAUGUCAGGCCGGAAGCGCAAGCCCGACGACGUCAAGACGCAGCCGACGAUUGCCGCCUUCUUCUCUCCACGGUCGUCGCAGGAUGGAUCGCAGCCGACGAUCGACGCGUUCUUCUCGCCGUCGUCCCGCGCCAAGCGAGCGUCCUUGUCCUCGGUGGACCUCUCGACGCCGCCGCCACGCCCGCCACCCGCCACGCGCAUCGAUGCCAGUGGUGUCAUUAGCAUCGAGGAAGACGACGAUGACGACGACGCCGUCAGCAUUGUGACGCCCCAGCGGCCACGCCUCGACAACGACCAAAAGCCCUAUACGCCGUCGUCGACCGUCAAGUCACGCAUGAACAACUCACUUGUCUUUGACCUCAACACGUCCCUCAAGACGAGAAACCCAGAGAUCGCGCAUGCAGCGCUGCGGUCGCUCGUCGCGCUCGGCAAGGAGUACCCGACGGCCAUGACGUUUUCCCAGUGCCUCGAGGUCAUUGAGGAAUCGACGCCGUCGUACGACCGCGCAGUCGAGAUCUGCGCGUCCUUGACCUUUAUCUUUGACCAAGCGUCGCUCUGCAAUACGUCGCUCGAGUACCCCGACCGCUGGGAGAUCAUGGCGUCGCUCCUUGAGACGGCGGCGACCAAGACGAUGAACGAGGUCUGGGAUCGGACGCUCAUCGUGCUGCAGUUCUUUGUCUACAUCUUGCGCCGGGACAUGCUUAUCUGCGAGUCGCGGUAUGCGGCAACAAACCGCCACUGGCUGCAGCACGCCCGCGUCUACGCGCUCUUGAACGCGUCCAAGGCGCCCAAGGCGAAAGGCGCGCGCGUCGCCAACCACGGCAUCCUCCAAGCCAUCGACAUGAUCCUCAAGUUCUGGAAGCGCGUGUACGACUCUGGCAAAUGCAAGCCGGACGACGACGACGCCAAGGAGACGUGCGUGUCGACGUUGCGACUCCUCGAGAUGCUCCUUAGCGUCACCGACCAGAUCGAAAACUGUCUCCAGCGCGUUUUGAGCGGCGUCGCCGACCUGACGCGAUCGACGCGCCACAUCUUUCUCCAGACGCUGCAAGCGCCGACGCUCAAGAUGUUUCUUGCCACAUCCCAUCUCGGCCGCACCACAUCGACGCGCAGCAAGGAGCACGAGUGGUUCCAUGCCAUCGUCGAAGGUCAAGUCACCGCCAAGUACGAGUCCCAGGCCGGUACACACGCACCACCCCCUUCCACUCGCCACCACGUCUGCGUAGGCGCGACGGCGGCAACCAACGAUAGCCACAUCAAAGAGCUUCAACGUUUCGCUGCAUUGCACGCCGACGCGUUCUUAAGCGGCGGCGGCACCGAGAGCUCGGUCGCGACGCUCUUCCGCGCCGUGCUGCGCAAGUAGACUCAGAGCGCAAACGUGUCGUCGACCCCCCGGAGCGUCUGCAUGUCGUACACGGAGACGAGGCCCGCGCUACGCAGAUGUAUAAUCGUCGUAACUCGAC